GGGCCGAUCGGCCUCCGCCUCAGUUGGAGGCACGCAGGGAACCGGCAUCCAGCGUCCCUGUGGAUACUUCACAGGCGAUCUCCUCCUCCUUCCUCCUUCCUCCUCCUCCUCGCUGAACCCGGGCCCGCGUCCCUUGGAGGCUGCAGCCAUGAAGGAGAGACGGGCGCCGCAGCCGGUGGUGGUCAGAUGUAAGCUCGUGCUGGUGGGGGACGUGCAGUGCGGGAAGACGGCGAUGUUACAGGUGCUAGCGAAGGACUGCUAUCCCGAGACCUAUGUGCCUACCGUGUUCGAGAAUUACACAGCCUGUCUGGAGACCGAGGGCCAGCGAGUGGAGCUGAGUCUCUGGGAUACUUCAGGGUCUCCUUACUACGACAACGUCCGUCCGCUCUGCUACAGCGACUCAGAUGCAGUGUUACUGUGCUUUGACAUCAGCCGUCCAGAGACUAUGGACAGCGCGCUCAAAAAAUGGAGAACAGAAAUUCUAGACUAUUGUCCCAGCACCCGGGUUUUGCUUAUUGGCUGCAAGACAGACCUGCGAACAGACCUGAGCACUCUAAUGGAGCUUUCCCACCAGAAGCAGGCACCCAUCUCCUAUGAGCAGGGCUGUGCAAUCGCCAAGCAGCUGGGCGCAGAGAUUUACCUGGAGGGCUCGGCUUUCACUUCAGAGAAGAGUAUCCACAGCAUCUUCCGGAUGGCAUCCAUGGUGUGUCUGAACAAGCCCAGCCCAGUGCCCCCGAAGAGCCCUGCCCGCAGCCUCUCCAAGCGGCUGCUGCAUCUGCCCAGUCGCUCUGAGCUCAUCUCUUCCACCUUCAAGAAGGAAAAGGCCAAGAGCUGUUCCAUCAUGUGAAGUUGGAGCCAGAGGCGGGGGAGACAGCCCCCCACUUCCUCCCUUGGGGUGCAGAGGCACGGGGAGAGGGAGGAUGAGACAGUCGAAGACACCGAAUGUGACUUUUUCAGAUGGCCACAGUGGGGGCUUAGGAGACAGGAAGGGGACGGGAGAAGAAGCCAGGCCUGGCAGGAGGGCCUGACGUUAAGCAAGAACCAUCAUACCCCAAGCCAGGCACUAGGCUGGGGGACGGGGCAGGUGCCCCCGUAUCCCUCUAGGCCAGAGGAAGGAAGAGUGUUGGGGGGGCGGGGACGUGCUGGCCUCACCUUGAGCAUCAUGCCUCUUCCACACAGCGUUCCCACGCAGGCUGGGGACGGGAGGGGUCCUUGAGCCCUCCCCUUCCCCUUUAAGAAGUGGCGGCCGGGGGCUGGACAAUGGGAAGGCCCGGAGGCAGCUCCCUUGGGGGCUUAGCCCAGGUGCUUUCUAACCGAAACCAGGAGGACAAGGGCUGCAGAGAGCUGGUAGGGAAAACCUCAUCUUCGCCUAGCCCAUGCAUCGUGGAGAGGUGACACCAUACAUUCACAUGCUUCUCACUGAAGUCCCCAGGGCCCGAGGGAGAAGCCCCAGACCCCCUUCUCUUGCAGAAUGUGGGGGUGGUGGUGCUGCAGGGAAGGACUGACGGUGGCGGCCAGACUUUCCUGCCCUUAGGGCGGUACAGUUGGCGUUUGUUUUAUAGACUCUUGUCUUUGGAACUGGGGGGAGGGGGGAGUGUUCCAAUCUGUUAUAUGUUCUGUGUUUAAAAGAAGAAAACCUAUUUAUUAAUGAAAUAUAACAUAUGAAGAAGAA